AUGCCAAUCGAUAUUGGAGAAACUCAACUACGCAUGAAUGGAAAGUGGAGUGAAAUUGAUGAUCACCCAGCCAAACCAGUAAUUAUUCCAGAGAUGUUUCACAGGUUUAGAGGAACAAUGACAAUACUAAAGAAUAUCUAUGUUAAUCGAAAUUCAGCAAUCCUUUUACCAGGAAAAUUUAUUGUUCCUACAAAUGAGACGAAGUAUUAUAAUAUGAAAGGACCGAAUUGCGGUACAAUUAUUGCAACAUAUGAUAAUUGUGUUUGUUUUGGACAUGAUUCAACAAAAAUCUAUGCUCAUUGGAUGAUUGAUUACUUUGGCAUGCUAAUGCUCUUACCAAAAGAGGUAGUUGAGACAUACAAACUAAUCAAUAUCCCAGAUAUUCCUGGUGCGCAUGAGACUCUCGACUUCUUAAAUGUUCCAAAAGAAAAUAGAAUUCCAUUUCCUUCAUACUCUAACCUUUACUUCUUAAGAAGGUGCUAUUACAUGUAUGAUCCGCUCACUAUGUCAAACCAUUACGGAUUACCUUUACAAAAAAUCAGAGAUUUCCUUCAUAAAAAAUUCCAACUCGAUGGAAUUGAAAAAACGAAAUAUUGCUGCUAUCAAAGAAAUGCUAGAAGACGAAUAAUCAAUUUCGACCAAAUGGUUAAGACUCUCAAAGAAAGAUUCCCUGAUUAUAAAUGGGAAUGCAUUGAAGAUCAUCAAUCUUUGACUCAAUGCGCAAGAUAUUGGGCAGCCAUAAAACUCAUUAUCAGUGGCAAUGGUUCUCAUUACUUUAGAUGCUUCUGCAUGAACAAAGGAGCUGUUGCAGUUGAAGUUCAAGGAGUUUAUCAUGAUUUGUCGUGUAUGGGCGCACUGUUAAUGUGCGGAGUUCACUGCAUUACUCUGAAGAAUCCAGAGUUGAAUCAUGCAGUUUGGUGGGGUGGUGGCUCAUAUAACAUGGAAAUCAACAAAAUUGCAAAAACUGUCGAAUACUUGAAACCAUACUUAUCUGGCGGAAAAUUCCCAAACGGACCUUUAGUUUUCUAA